AUGCGUCCGCUGCCGCCAGGUGACUCGAAGAUGGCGACGGCGGUGGCAGAGUUCAUUCUGCCAGACCUCGAAGAGCUGCCCACAAAGACCCUGCUGAGGUACUUGCCGCAGAUUUUCCCGGUGCUGGCCCGCCUGGUGACGGUGCCGUCUCCGGAGGCAGGUUCGGCACCAUGUGCAGACAAUGUUGCUGCGACUUGGAUGCGAGACUCUGUCCGUUGGUGGCCCCCCGUGGCCCAGAAGGGCCGGGACCGGGAUCGACACCCGUGGCUGAUGGGCGCAGGGCAGGAGGUGGAGCGCAGCAGGCCACCAAGCCUCACACGACAGCGCGUCGGAGAAAAGAUGCCUCACACAGGGCCGGCACAGAAGGUGUCCUACGCAGUGACGUUGAAGGGCCGCUGGAGGGCUCAGGAACGCCCGCACGUUCCGCUGGAGCUGCUGCGGGCGCCCCUGCAAGUCGGCGAGCCCGUGGAGCUUUGGUCCAGGAGCGACGGGUGGCUUUUGGCAGAGGUCGAGGGCCUCGAGGCCAGCACGGCACUCCUCCGCCAUUACAAGGUGCGUGUCUUCGGCCAAGAGGCCGUGGCUGUCGUAGAGGCCUCCUACCUCCGGCGCCGCUUCCUCAAGGGAAGUGCUGUGGAGGUCUACCGGGGUCCGGCACGCGGCUGGAUCUGCACCAGGGUGUCCGACAUGGACAUGGCAUCAGGUGGAGGCCCUGGCUUCACAAACCGUGCUUCCUCCCUGGAUGCUGUGACGGAUGGCUUCGCCCAGGCUGAUGGCGGCCACCCGGAGCCUCCCGCAGAGCUUUGUGAGCCCCAAAGCGGCGCCGAUAGCCGACGAGGCGCCCCACCGCGGAAGUCGGAUGGCUCGAGGUUCCAGCCCUGCGACUUCGUCGCCACGGUUCCGGUGCUCAAGGAGUUCGCCGUGAGCGACGAGGACGUCGAAGAGGUCCCCUCCUUCUUGCUGCGCCCAGCGGCCAGCAGCCCCUCCUGCCCGUCCCAGGUCUUCCAAAUCUGA